UAUCGAACAGAUCGAACUUCAACACUCGUUUUUUCUUACUUUUUAACAUAUUCUACAACUGAGUACUUGAGAACAGGUACUCAAUUCAAUCAACCAAUCUCAUCAAUUCCUAUUUUACGAGAUUGCGGGCUUAAUUUAAUCUCCCUCUACCAUCUGCGACAACGAACCGAAUACUUACACCUACCUACAUAACAUAAUCUCGAACAAAAUCAACCCUCUUUUAUUCCACCAUCUCAAAAUCAACAAAUGCGCUCCUAGACUUUCAUAACUAUCGAUUGAGGACAACCCUUCGAACAGUACAACGGCGCCAUGGGCCCAGUCCGGUCUUUACGGCGUACGAACCCGCUCACCUUGAUUGUGGGUGUGGUCUUAUGUAUCAUCAUUUUCGUAUUUCUAUUCUCGCCAUCAAAUGUCAACGACGCAGCAUCGCAAUUAAGAAGAGCAAGCGCAGCAUCCAAUCCUCUCUCACCACCUACAUCUCCCUUUCGAAAACAGAAUGAGGCUACCAAAAGUGGUAAACGCAUACCACCACCUGUCAUUCAUUACCAUAUGAAUAAUGUUACCAGUACCGCCGAUCCUUUAGGAAAUCGAGAGAUGGUUCUCAUCCUGACACCUUUGGCAAGAUUCUAUCAAGAAUAUUGGGAUAAUCUCUUGAAGCUUUCAUAUCCGCAUGAGCUCAUUACUCUCGCUUUUAUCAUUCCAAAGAAUAAGGAAGGAAAUGCCGCUACAGCAGCUUUGCAGGAGCAGGUUACGAAAACUCAAAAGUCUGGACCGGAAAAGAAUCGAUUCGCGAGUAUCAUUAUUGAACGACAAGACUUCGAUCCACCUCUUGUAUCUCAAUCCGAAGCUGAAAGACAUAAGAUGGAGAAUCAAAAGGCAAGAAGAGCUGCAAUGUCAAGAGCCAGGAAUUCUCUCCUUUUCACUACUCUUGGGCCUUCUGUAUCCUGGGUUUUAUGGUUAGAUUCAGAUAUCAUUGAGACUCCUCCAAGUUUGAUUCAAGACUUGGCUUCUCAUGACAAAGCCAUCAUUGUGCCAAAUUGUUUCCAAAGAUAUUACGAUAGCAAAGAUAAACGAAUGUCAGAACGCGCCUAUGAUUUCAACAGCUGGCAGGAUAGUGAUGUUGCACGAAAACUUGGGGAAUCAAUGGGACCUGAUGAUAUUUUAUUAGAGGGUUAUGCUGAUAUGGCUACAUAUCGACCAUUGAUGGCAUAUCUUGCCGAAGAUUCAGGAGAUUCCAGGGCCAUCAUCCCACUUGAUGGAGUAGGGGGAACAGCAUUAAUGGUUAAGGCAGAGGUACAUCGUGAUGGGGCCAUGUUCCCACCUUUUGCUUUUUACCAUUUAAUAGAAACGGAAGGUUUUGCAAAAAUGGCAAAGAGAUUGGGUUGGAAUGCUUUUGGUUUGCCUAAUUAUAAGGUAUAUUUUCAUCCUUUGUUUCUCAUCUUUUGUUCCUACGUGAUAAGCUCUUUUUACUAAUAUAUGAUAUUAUAGGUCUACCACUAUAACGAGUGAGAGAUGUCCGGCACAUCAAUUUCCUCCUCAUACACCUUCUUACUAGAUAUUUGAAAUGAGGAACAAAAAGAAAAAUAAUAUUUUGGAUGGAUGAAUCAGGGGUUUGCAGAUAGGGGGGGCUUUUAAGGGAAUAGCAUAUUCAUGAGGAGGGAGAGGAACACGCUGGCAUUCCCAUCAGGUCAGAUAUUAUGUAUCAAAGCGUAGGGUACUGGAAAAUUAAAUAGGAUUGGGCGUUUCUUCGAGUUGGACUGUUUAAUAAAAACAUA